GUGCGUGCCCGCCCUCCCGGGGCUGUGCGGCGCGCGCCGGCUCUGGGCGGGGCCCUGCAGUGGCGGCGGGGCUCCUCCUCCUCCUCCUCCGUCCCAGCGCCUCCCCGACCUCCCCCUCGGGCACUCUCGCGCUCACUGCGCUCCUCCGGGGCCCCUCCGCCAGCUCCCAGCCAUGGUGGUCUGGCGCUCGGCCUUCCUCAUCUGCCUCGCUUUCUCCUUGGCCGCUCUGGUCCAGAGAGGAUCUGGGGACUCUGAUUUACGUCUGGAGGAUGCAUUGAAAGAAACUUCCUCAGUAAAGCCGAGAUGGAACCAUGGCACCACCACAACUAAGAGGCCAGGAACAACCAGAGCUCCAGCAAAGCCUGCAGAUGAUGAUUUUAACCUGGCUGAUGCCCUGGAUGACCGAAAUGAUCGAGAUGACGGCCGCAGGAAACCGAGCGCAGGAGGAGGAGGAGGUUUUUCAGACAAGGAUCUUGAAGACAUUUUAGGCGGUGGUGAAUACAAACCUGACAAAGGUGAUGGUCGGUAUGGCAGUGACGACUCUGAAUCCGGAGUGUCGGCCGAGGCCAGCACCAUCGCGGGUGUGGCCAGCGCCCUGGCCAUGGCCCUGAUCGGCGCGGUCUCCAGCUACAUCUCCUACCAGCAGAAGAAGUUCUGCUUCAGCAUCCAGCAUGCAGCAGAAGGUCAAGAGGGGCUGAACGCAGACUACGUGAAGGGAGAGAACCUGGAAGCCGUUGUGUGUGAGGAACCCCAAGUGAAAUACUUGACGCUACAGACGCAGGCCGCCGAGCCGCCGCCCCCCGAAGCGCCCCGGAUCUGAGGGCCGCGGCGCGUGCCCGGCGCCUCGUUUGGUUUGGACCCGCUUCUCUGACGUCAUCGGCUUCUCACUCUAACUUCCGGAUGAGCUCGGGGGGUGUGUGUGAGUUUGGUUUCUGUGCCCGCCGUGCCAGAGGCUCUGAAGAGACUUGCUGUGGAGUCCGAGGCCCAGCUCUGGCAGAAAGCCGGCCGUGGGAGCGGGGAGCCCGGGCCGACGGGGCGCGAGGACUGCGAUGCUCCGGGGGUAGGAGUUUGAGCCCAGGCGGGUGCGAGGAGCGAACGAGAGAGCAUCAGGUAACCACACGCGCACACGCCCUCUCGCACCCGCGCGCGCACACGCACGCCCGCCACCCAGCCUCGACACUGCCGCGCUUCCAGAGAGCUGGUCCAAGUGGGGGCUUUUCAUUUAUUUCAGUGCAGACAUGCAUGCCUUGAUAGUCCUGCGCUGAGAAUUUAGGAACCUUCUGGCCAAGUAGGAAGCUGUGACUCUGGGGCCCGAUUGCCCUCUGAUUCCACAGGGGACUAGGUGCGGUCUCCUGGCUGACAUGCUUAGUUUUUAGGAAUCAUUUAUGCAUUGAAAUGAGUGUUCCCCUUCUGCCCUGUACGUGUUCUUCUUUUGGUAGCAAAAACUACAGACGUCAAGAACAAGCGGCGGAGCCGGAAGCAUGCAUGUUUUGUUUUGUUUUGUUUGCUUAAAGUUGUAUUUGAGGUGGGAGGGGGAUGGGGAAAGGAACGUUUGCUGGGUUUGGUGAAACAUGCCUGCCUGCGUGGGUCUGGAAGGAUGAUUCUGCCUGUCCUGAUGAAAAGCCCUUGCGGUGCCACGGUCACUGCGGUAAACACCAGACCCCGGGGACCGGCCCCUCCCCUGGCCCGGAGCUGUCUGGCUUGGGCUAGCCUCCUGGAACGUUCCGUUUGGCCCACGUGUGGUCCUGUCCCUGGGAGCUCCGCUGUCUGAGGCUGAGCCAAAGUCUAGAGCCACCGUCUUCUGAUCACCAGUUUGCAGUGCCCAAAAGCACUUGCAGAAGCGGAAGUGAGCAGGAAGGUGGGGUCCUGCGGACACGACCCCACGUGCCUCUGCACGGCAGAUGGCCCCGCGUGUUCGGCCUGGGCGUCCGCUGAGCUGGGACGAGGCAAGCCUGGCUUCCUAAGGACACCGUUGGAAUCGGAGCUAGACCCCGCCGGUUGUAGACCAUACGCCCCGUGUGCUGGUGUCCGCGGCUCUCUGAAAAACCCAGUCGUGCGCAGGAGGCGUCAGUUGGGGUGCGCGUCUGCAGCUGCCCCUGAGAGCCGGUCCCGCGCCGCCUCCACCCUGACGGGCCCCUUCCCCGGCGGGGGGCUCAGCGCACGCAGGCCAGGAGUGUGUGUCGGCGAGGCGGGUGUGGGGCACUGACGAGAGCCCCGGGGCUGUCAGCUCGGCCAGCCUUGUCCCUGCUGCCAAGGAGGGCAAGGGCUGAUGGCCGCACCCCUGCUUGGUGCCGGGCAGCUCUGGAGGAUUCUUCCUAGGUACCGGGAGCUGGGGAAGGGUCAGGGCGGCGCUCGGCAGCUCACGGGGUGAGGAUGGCUGCCCACUGAGGCCCCCCGGGCGUCUCAGAGGAGGAAAAAGGAGGCGGCACUUGGGUGUGGUAACUGACUUCUCUCCCUGCCACGGGCACGUUAGGAGUCCUAGUCACCGUGGCAGCCAGGAUGAGGAGUCAUGUGGCCUGCGUGUCACUUGGCGUGGCCAGGCACGGCCCGGCACUAGCUGGAGCUAUGGAGCUUGCCGACUAGGAGCCCUGAGGUGGGGUGUGCCCCCCCCCCCGCCCCAGUUGUCCACCUGAGCUCGACAGGGAGGCUUCCGUGGUGGUGGAGACCCUGAGCUCCUCCGGCUCUGACGUACAAUCAGUGGCCGUGAUUGAAGAGACCCCUUCGGCUCUCCCUUAGAAGCCCACAGCCCAGCACCUGGGCCGCUAGUGACUGGACAGGCCGGGAAGGUCACUCCGCCACCUGUUUGCAGAGCUCUUGUCCCUGGGGGCGGGGCGGCGGGCAGGGACUCCUGGGCAGAAGCCUAGGCUCUUGUAACUGUAUCUAUCUGGAAGUAGCCUUGACCACACUGGGCCUGUCCCAGAUGUUAGGGAAGAUGGAGUGAACUAGAAGGGCCAAUUGAGAAUAUCCGAUCUGUAUCUGCUCACCUGGGGGGUGGAGGCUCAGCGUUGGUAACUCUGAACACAGGAGGAAGGAAGCAAGGAAGCUUGGCGGGGAGGGGCACCCUCCUGGCGUGGGACCCAGAGAACAGUGCCAGGCCCGCUGCCUCGGGCACCUGACUCGGGAGUGCUCGUACCCCUUGUCUGAGGAAGAAGCGGAAACUCAUCUCAGAAUCCCCUGUACUUUUUAUGUGCUUGUGUUUAAAUGGGAAUUGUAAGUGGUCUUGUGUUUGCAUUAAACGAAAUGGAACCUAACAGAUCACUGUA